GAAACCUAUAUGUACAACCUAAUAAAAUUGUGUGAUGUUUUGGAAUACAACAGAGCACAAAUCGUGGAAUCGUCACUUGAUUUCGGAGAAUAAUGUGUGUUUGGUUUCCAGUGGAUUAAAACUGCGAAGUCAUUUCCCCUUGAAAGCAAAAGAAUUGAGAAAUCCUUCCCACAGUGCGCUACAACUGCAGAGCAGAGCAGUAUUUUGCUUCCCUUCUUCCGCUGUUGGCGGCAAUCACAUCAGCCGCGGUUUUGUUUUGCAGCCAACGAACCCAAUGGAGUGCGCACCAGCCACCACCACCCACACCUUAUAUAAAGGCCGAGCCUUUCAGGUCUCAACUGUCUCCUCAGGCAGGUCUCACCUUUCUCCUUAACACCACAACGCAGUUCCCCUGCAUCCACAGCUCCCGGGAACAUUCCUUGAUCCGUUGCUCGGUUGCCUUCAGCAUUGGUAGGUCGCCAUGGCCGCGCAAUCUUGGAAUCCUUUCUCUUGCUGCGUCCGCGGGGCAGCCGUGGACGACGGCGACCACUGCGAGUCGCGGAGGGGGGAUAAGGGCAGCCCGAGGUCGCCGCUGAAGAGCCUGAGCUCGUCGGGGACGCUGUCACCGGAGGAGCUGUCGCUGACGCUGUCCGGCUCGAACCUGCACGCCUUCACCUACGCCGAGCUCCGGGCGGCGACGGCGAGCUUCUCGCGCGCCAACUACCUCGGCUGCGGCGGCUUCGGCCCGGUCUACAAGGGCGCCGUCGACGACAAGCUCCGCCCCGGGCUGGCGGCGCAGGCCGUCGCCGUCAAGUAUCUCGACCUGGAGUGCGGCACGCAGGGACACCAAGAGUGGCUGGCUGAGGUUUUCUUUCUUGGGCAACUGAGGCACAAGAACCUGGUGAAACUGAUCGGCUACUGCUACGAGAACGAAUACCGGAUGCUGGUCUACGAGUUCAUGAGCGCCGGGAGCUUGGAGAAGCACCUCUUCAAAAGUAGCAUCAACGGUUCUCUCCCAUGGAUGACAAGGAUGAAGAUCGCCGUCGGCGCGGCAAAGGGCCUCGCAUUCCUCCAUGGGGCUGACCCACCGGUGAUCUACCGCGACUUCAAAGCCUCCAACAUCUUGCUCGACUCGGACUACAACACUAAAUUGUCAGACUUUGGGCUGGCCAAGGAUGGGCCUCAGGGCGACGCAACACACGUGACAACACGUGUAAUGGGGACACACGGGUAUGCAGCGCCCGAGUAUAUCAUGACAGGCCACUUAACCGCCAAAAGCGAUGUUUACAGCUUCGGUGUGGUGCUUCUAGAGCUCCUCUCAGGACGCCAAUCCGUGGACCGUGCACGACGAUCAAGAGAACAAAACCUGGUGGAUUGGGCUAGACCGUACCUCAAACGAUCAAACAAAUUGUACCAGGUGAUGGACUCGACCCUCGAGUGCCGGUACUCCCGCAAGGGUUCUGAGGUGGCUGCAUUGGUGGCGUACAAGUGUCUGAGCCAAAACCCCAAGUCAAGACCAUCCAUGAGGGAGGUCGUCAAGGCAUUAGAGCCCGUACUAGGCAUGGAAGACUUCUUUCCAGUGGGACCAUUGGUUUUCACCAUUGUCGUUGAGGAGGACAAGGUGAUGGACAUGAAGGUGGAGGUUGAGGAGAAGCACCAACACCAUCACCAGAACCAUCAAGACAGACAUCGACAAAAAUACCCCGAGUCGGCGAUCCAUGGUGGCAUUGUGCUCCAUGGUGACAACGGGCAUAUUGUCGGGUUCACCGGUACGUUGCGGCGGCAACAGAGGACAUUGAGUUACCACCGGGAAAGAGGGGCUUAGUGGUUCAAGAGUAUAGUAGGGGAAGCAAUUAGGAUUGUAGAGAUAGAAGGUAUGUAUAUGUGCAUACUAUUGAGAUGUGGUACGGUGUCACAUCGUUUGUUUAGAAGUGUGGACGCGUUUCUUUCUUUUCUUCAUGAUAGUGACAAACAUGCAAAAGUUCGGUUUGGAUUAUGUUCAGGUUUCUUGUUCAAAGAUGUGUGCAAAUGAAUGUGUCUUACUUGAAAA